AUGGCUGCCAACUACUGGGAGUCAACCCAGCGUCGCUUCUGGCUCUUCUCCAAAGAUGAACUCCAAGCAGUGCGCCAGAAGCUCGAAGACGAUAAUUCCGACCUAGUCCAGAUGUUUCCUCUCCCGCAACAGCGGCACCUAGGCAUUUACUUCAAUCAGCAGGUCAAUCGGCUCGGCAAACGCAUGGUAGUCCGACAGCAGGCCAUGGCCACCGCCCAGGUUUAUAUCAAACGCUUCUACACCAAGGUCGAAAUCCGGCGAACAAAUCCAUACCUGGUCGUUGCAACCGCGCUGUAUCUGGCUUGCAAGAUGGAAGAGUCCCCGCAGCAUAUCCGCUUGAUCGUCAGUGAAGCUCGCUCCCUGUGGCCCGAUUUCCUCGGUCUCGACACCUCGAAGCUCGGCGAGUGCGAGUUCUUCAUGAUAUCCGAGAUGAGCUCUCAGCUCAUAGUUCAUCAACCGUAUCGAACCCUGAACAACUACCAACAGGAGUUGAAUUUGACCCAGGAGGACGUCGCCCUGGGCUGGUCCAUAAUCAACGAUCACUACAUGACGGAUCUACCGUUGCUAUAUCCACCCCAUACGAUUGCCCUCACAGCAAUUUUGCUUGUAUUGGUUCUGCGACCCUCGCCUAACAUGUCUGGUUCCAACCCGCCAUCCGCCGCUGGUAUUGCUGCUGCAAGCGCAGCGUUAGCUCAGGCCCAAGGCCGAGUGCCUGGACUGCCUCCGACUCCCGGAACACCGAACCCCGCGGAUAAAGAGAAGCAACCGGAGGCUAGGUUCACCCGGGUGCAGCGGUACGGUGCUUGGCUGGCCGAAAGCAACGUUGAUAUCGCUGCCAUGGUUGACUGCACCCAAGAGCUGAUUUCGUUUUACGAUUGUCACGAGCAGUACAAUGAUAAGCUCUCUCGGGAGCAAAUCAACCGCUUUGUCAAGGCCCGGGUUCUUGACAAGAGUUCGGAUAGCCUGCUCAUUGAGAGCACUACUAGAACAAGUACCGACUCCUCGAAAGUCACCAUGCGGAACAGCAUGAGAAACGGCAUCAGCCAGAUGCAUACACCUGGAGCAAGACUUUACAGUGGCCCUCAAGUAUUCAAUCCAAUAAGACUGAGGGAUCGGAAAGCAGAAAUGCCCGAGAGUCUUCGAAUGAGAAAAGGCAUCGAUCGUCUCACGCAGCUUGACAUCGCAAGCGCUUUCGGGACUCAUUGUGCUAUGCUCAAAAGACUGGAUACUGGCAUUGUCAACGUUGCUUACUUCAUGCAGGGGAUGCGGCCCUAUAAGUCCAACAGGGAAGUUGUUGGAUUCAAGCAAGUAAACAGACCUCGUAUGCCUUGUGCAUCUCGCCUACACUCAAACAUCGUAUCCAGCCUCGCCAAGCGCUCCACUUGGAAUACAGACCCCUUGUUCACCAAAUAUGGGUCAGAAGGCACGCGGCGGACAAUACCCAUGACGCUCAAAACAAUAACAAUUCAGCCUCUUGAUUCCGUCUUUGUUAUCUUACCUCAAUCAUCUGCUACUUCUGAGUGCACGGAGACCCAGAGAAGAAGAGAAGAAUCGAUGCGAGGGAAAGGGGAGAUCUCCCUUGUUUUUGCUGUUGCUGUCAUUCCGUCUAUCGAAGCUUCGCAAAGAAACGAUCAAGGUCAUUCCGGAACACCACGGCCAUGGCAAAGUUUUGUGGCCCAGUCAAUCAUACUCGCUACGACAGCACUCUCGACGCCCCGACUUGGGCUCAAUCUAGCUUCUGCUAUUUUGUCCUUGGUGGCUUAUGUGGGCCUCUGCCCGCUGCUCUUGUUGGAGCACACCAAGUCCGUCAGGCCGUCGGAUCUCGCUGUUGUCUAUCUGCUUGUAUCGUCGGGAUGCAAUUUGCUUGAUUUGGGAACGGGAGUUCCUGACAAUGGGUCCGCCAUAAUCGUCGUCCCGGCAUUUACGAGUCUUUGCAUCAAGGGCGUGCUUCUGGUUGUUGAACUUCGAGGAAAGCAAACGAUCCUGCAGAGUCCUCGUGAUCAGUGGUCUCCAGAGGAAUUGUCCAAUAUUCUGGAUCGAACGUUCUUUGGAUGGAUCAAUCCGAUUAUCGCCCGAGGGAACAGAUACAUUCUAACUGGAGACUGCCUUCCAUUGAUGGACAGCAAGCUGUCAUCGCAACUUCGACGCCAGCAAGCCCUGCAAGCAUGGAGUCAGAGAAACAAGCCCGAGAAAAAGACGACGCUGCCCAAAGUACUGCUGCGUAGUAUUCUUCCGCAGUUUCUUGUGCCCAUCAUCCCUCGCUUUGUUCUCAUCGGAUUCCGCUACGCUCAGCCGGUCCUAAUCGGUACUGUCAUCCGCUCCAUCAGCAUGUCAUCCGAGGAAUCUCAAGAUGGAGGGUACUCAGUUGUGUCGAUGGCUGUCUUUGUCUAUGUGGGUUUGGCUAUCGCGAGAACUGCCUACCAGCACAGUCUCAACCGCCUCAAGAUCAUGAUCAGGGGCGCUGUUGUUGGUCUCCUCAACAACAAGCAGCUCAAUCAGCAGUCUACUGGCUAUGGCGAUGCAAAGGUGGUUACUUUGAUGAGUACAGACGCAGACAACGUGGUUCAGUCGGCUUCCAUGUUCCACGAGACGUGGGCGCAGAUCAUCGAGGUUGGUAUAGGCACCGCGAUGCUAGCUCGGAGAGUCGGUUGGGUUUGCGCGGUUCCAUUCGUCAUGAUCUUUUUUUGCUCUCGUGUGAGUCGAUAUCUGGCAAAGAAUCUCCAGAGCAAGCAAAAGGAUUGGUCUGUGGCUACUCAGAACCGAAUCGCCAUGACCACGUCUAUGCUUGGCUCGGUCAAGAGUCUGAAGAUGCUUGGGAUCGUAGACCAUACGGAAUCUCUGAUCCUCUCCUUACGCCUUCGGGAGCUAGAAAUGGCCAAGAAAGUCCGGUGGAUGAUGGUCGCUUAUAACGCGAGUGCAAACGCUCUCGGUAUUUUCGCCCCCAUUCUCACGCUCGUUCUGUACGUGAUCGUCGCGAGACUUAACGGCUCCGCACUCGAUGUUGAGACCGCCUUCACGACUACGGCGCUACUCGGCUUGGUGACGCACCCUGCCAACAUGAUUAUGACCAUCGUGCCGCAAGCUGUGGGCUCUCUGGCGGCUUUUGAACGAAUUCAGCAAUAUCUCAUUGAGCCACCCCGAAAUGACCAAAGACUUAUUUUCGAUAAAGCAGAAGACAGCCUCGUCGACAUUUCGCCCGCCAUAUCUUUGGAAGCCGUCACUAUCCAAGGGCUCACUGCAUCGAAACCUCCGGCUUUCAGCAAUCUCAACCUCGUUAUUGACAAGGGUUCAAUGGUCAUGUGUUCUGGUCCCGUUGGAAGCGGCAAAACGACGCUUGUCCGAGCCCUCUUGGGUGAGGUCCCUACGGCUUCUGGGACGAUAUCUGUGUCGACGAAGCAUAUAGGAUACUGCGAGCAGUCUCCUUGGUUACCAAGCGGAACCUUCAAACAAGCAGUCUGCGGUUUCCUCCCCGAGGAGCCAAGCUGGUAUCAGGAGGUGAUCCAACUAUGCUGCCUCGAUGAGGACCUCCUGGCAAAUCCCAGCGGCGACAGUACCAUGAUAGGAAGCCGAGGCUUGAACCUUUCUGGAGGACAACGACAACGAGUGGCUCUUGCUCGAGCCAUAUACGCCCGCAGUGAGAUUGUGAUCUUGGACGAUAGCUUCAGCGCACUUGACGGUAAAACAGAAAGUCGUAUUGUUGAGAACCUGCUUGGUUCUGCAGGUCAUUUCAGGAAAACGGGCACGACUGUCCUCCUUGUUACUCAUUCUACUGCGCAUUUCAACUUAGCAGACCAGCUAAUUAUCCUGGGUGGCGGAGCCAUUGCGUACCAGGGGACGUGGGAUGACCUGAAGCAGAACCCCAAGUACGCCUCACUGAAAGUUAAUAUUGUUGAUUCAAAGAACGAUACGGUCGUGAAGCAGCCCCAAGUGGACAAGACCGUGCAGAGCCAGAAUUUGAAGAUGGCCGAGGCUGUUUCUGAUCUCAGCAGAGCAACGGGAGACAUCUCUCUCUAUGGAUACUAUUUCCGGGCUGUAGGCUUUCGUCAUAUCCUACUACUUCUCGCUUGCACCUCAACAUAUUCUUUCUUCGUAACUUUCCCUCAGUACUGGUUGCAAAAGUGGACGGAGGCACCAGUAUCCCAGACAACAUUCUAUAUUUGUGGCUACCUCAUCUCAUCUUUACUAGCAUGGCUCGCUACAAGCGGAACGAUGUGGUCAACCCAAAUCCUGAUCGCACCCGCUUCCGGCACUGAACUACAUCGCCGCCUACUCUCAACUAUCAUCGGUGCCCCACUGUCGUAUUUCUCAAAGACUGAUAUGGGAGUUACAUUGAAUCAUUUCAGUCAGGAUAUACAACUGGUGGAUAAGCAGUUGCCGCCAGCCAUCAUGUCCAUGUCGAAUCAGGUCUUCAAGCUGCUCGUACAGGUGGUUUUGUUAUUCAGCACACAAAAGCUGCUGGCUCUGUCGCUUCCCCUUUGCGCCGCGGUCGUGUAUCUCGUGCAGCGGGUGUACUUACGCACCUCGCGACAAUUGCGUCUGCUAGAUCUCGAGUCGCAGUCGGCAGUCUACUCGAGCUUCCUCGAAUCAGUUGAAGGCGUCACGACUAUCCGAGCUUUUGGUUGGGAGAAACAAGCCGAGCAUGCCAACGUGGUCUGUCUUGAUAAGUCGCAGAAGCCAGCAUAUAUCCUCUUCUGUCUACAACAGUGGCUGGGCAUCGUUCUGGAUCUCAUGGUUGCUGCGAUUGCCACAGGCCUCAUCACACUUGCAGUUUUUGUGAGGGGAACGACGACGGCCGGUCAGAUUGGUAUGGCGUUGAAUAUUGUGUUGGCUGCGAACGCGACGCUUCUUAGCCUCGUGACAUCUUGGACGAAUAUGGAGAUUUCCCUAGGUGCCAUAUCUCGCUUGAAGACCUUGGAGGCCGAUACGCCGAAAGAGGAACAGCCGCACGAGGACUUUGUUCCCACGGAGGCGUGGCCGUCAUCUGGAUCAGUCGAGUUCGACAAGGUCACCGUUUCGUAUAACCCCGACGCAGUGGCUUUACAAGACGUUACCCUGAAGGCCUCUCCAGGCCAGCAAUUGAUCGUUUGCGGUCGAACGGGCAGCGGCAAAAGCACCCUACUCCUCACCCUCCUACGUCUUCUUGACACGGAUGCUGGAAGCAUCAGGAUUGACGGGGUCGAUCUACGUCUCGUGCCACGUUCUCUAAUUCGACAGAAGUGCUUCAUCACGGUUUCCCAAGAGUCAUUCAUUCUGGGACAUGCCAGUCUCCGCUUCAACCUCGAUCCCUCAACUUCUCUCCCAGAUGAAGCCAUCAUCUCAGCCCUCGAGAGGGUGGGCCUUCUGUCACACUUCUACCUACAAAACACUUCAUCUGGAGAGGAAACUCGCAACACUCUAGACAGCCCACUAUCCUCUCUGCCACAAAUGUCCACCGGUCAAUCGCAGCUAUUCGCACUAGCUAGAGCGCUCGUACAACUCAAAUCCAUCAACCACCCGCCCGAAUCAUCAGCAAACGGAACUGAAUGCCGACACAUCAUGCCGAUUCUUCUGUUGGAUGAAGCCACAUCCUCGCUCGAUACCGAGACUGAAUCUGUCACACGCGACAUCAUAAACCAGGAGUUCACAGACAAGGGCCACACGGUGAUAGCAAUCACACAUAGGCUGGGCGGCGUGACGGAAGGCUUGCGGCCAGAACGGGAUGCCAUGGUCUUGUUGUCCAAGGGCAAGAUUGGGAAGCUUGGCGAGGCGGAGGAUGUGUUGGACGCGGCGGCUUUGAAGGGGUAG